AUGGCCGCCGUCAAUAACCAAGAGAUGGACUACUCCAUCAAGCCUGAGGCGGUUACGCCGACCGUCUCUACGGAAGAUUGGCCUCUUCUGCUCAAGAAUUACGAGAAGUUGCUCGUUCGCACCGGUCACUUCACCCCGAUCCCUGCUGGUGCCUCCCCUCUUAAGCGUGACCUUAAGUCCUACGUCAGCUCUGGUGUCAUCAACCUGGACAAGCCCUCCAACCCCUCCAGUCACGAAGUCGUGGCUUGGAUGAAGCGGAUCCUCAGAUCCGAGAAGACUGGUCACUCCGGUACUCUUGACCCCAAGGUCACUGGCUGUCUGAUCGUCUGCAUUGACCGUGCCACCCGUCUCGUUAAGUCCCAGCAGGGUGCCGGUAAGGAGUACGUUGCUGUCGUCCGCUUCCACGACAAGAUUCCCGGUGGUGAGGCUCAGUUCCGCCGCGCUCUGGAGACCCUCACCGGUGCUCUCUUCCAGCGUCCUCCCCUGAUCUCGGCCGUCAAGCGUCAGCUCCGUAUCCGUACCGUCCACGAGAGCAACCUCUACGAGUUUGACAAUGACCGCCACCUCGGUGUCUUCUGGGUCAGCUGUGAGGCUGGUACCUACAUCCGUACCCUCUGUGUCCACCUGGGUCUUCUGCUCGGUGUUGGCGCUCACAUGCAGGAGCUGCGUCGUGUUCGCUCCGGUGCCAUGAACGAGGAGAGCGGUAUGGUUACUCUGCACGAUGUCAUGGAUGCCCAGUGGGUUUAUGACAACCAGCGUGACGAGUCUUACCUCCGCCGCGUCAUCAAGCCCCUGGAGUCUCUGCUCACCAGCUACAAGCGUAUUGUCGUCAAGGACAGCGCCGUCAACGCUAUCACCUACGGUGCUAAGCUGAUGAUUCCUGGUCUCCUCCGCCACGAGGCUGGUAUCGAGGUUGGCGAGGAGGUCGUCCUCAUGACCACCAAGGGUGAGGCCAUCGCCAUUGGUAUCUCCCAGAUGUCCACCGUCGAGCUCACCACCUGCGACCACGGUGUCGUCGCCAAGGUCAAGCGCUGCAUCAUGGAGCGCGACCUGUACCCCCGCCGCUGGGGUCUGGGCCCCGUCGCCCUUGAGAAGAAGAAGCUCAAGUCCGCCGGCAAGCUGGACAAGUUCGGCCGCGCCAACGAGGAGACCCCCUCCAAGUGGAAGUCCGACUACAAGGACUACAACGCUCCCCUUGAGGACGGCGAGCAGCCCGUCGCUCACAUCCCCGACACUCCCAAGGUUGAGGAGUCCAAGGCUGAGGAGUCUUCCCCUGCCGCUGACGACAGCGAUAAGAAGAAGCGCAAGCACGACGGCGAGACCGCCGAGGAGAAGGCCGAGCGCAAGAAGAAGAAGAAGGAGAAGAAGGAGAAGAAGGAGCGCCGGAAGUCCAAGCAGGCCGAGGACAGCUCUGACAGCGAAUAG